GUGGCACCUUUCGUAAUCUCCCGUCAGGUGUGUUCGCCGUGUCACACCUUAGAUAACGCAUGUGGAACAUAAGCCUUGAAUACAUUUCCCGACCAAACAUCCAUCAUGUUGUCGUCCGUCGUCUUUCUGCUUCUCUGUCAGUAUGCAGUGUCUAACCACGACCCUCUUGCCCAUGAAUUUCACGAAAUAACGAAACACUACGACGACCGGCUGUGUCAGCAUCUCCUGUCUGUGGACUGCAGUAAACACGUGGUGCAUGGACACUCCGAGAGACUGUGUGGCACAGACAUGGUGCAGUACGAAAACUUCUGUGUCUUUGCCCACGUGAGAUGCAGACAUCCUACUCUGUCCAUGCUGAACAAAGGAGAGUGCCUCCUGUCCACAGUUGGACCUACAGGGAUGGCCGCUACUGGUGACGUGUUGACCACUGCUGCCGUUGCACCUGUUCAUCCUACCGGCGUGGACCCAGCGUUUGCAGUGAUGAAGGAUGUGUUCUGUAACAACCUCCACCAGAUCACCUGCGGUACUGCAGUCACAGCCGACAUCUGUGGAAGUGACGGCAAGGUCUACACCAGCCAGUGCAUGUUCUCCAAGACCAAGUGCUACAAGGUUGACCUUGAGGUAGCGGAAGCUUCCACGUGUGGGGAGACAGGCAUGCCACUCAAGACCACACCCAGCUCAUAAUCUGUGCAUUGAGGAGCUUGUGGGUGCCAGAUAAAAGCUAUGAAUAAAACAUGACUGCAGUAUA